CUGACGGAUUAUUUUUCAGCAGUGGAACUGAUCUCGACAACAGGCCGAUCGAGCGGCGAUAUCCCCGAGCCACACACCGAGUUGCUUCAGAGUAGCGCCGAUGCGGCUACAACAGCGAGUGUCGUCCAACCGCAAACCGAACCCUCACAGCUGCCACGAAGAUUAGAUCGAAGGAAAGCAGCGACAAUGCGUGAAAGGCGACGUUUGCGUAAAGUCAAUGAAGCGUUCGAAGUCGUCAAGCAGCGGACUUGUCCCAAUCCAAAUCAAAGAUUACCAAAGGUCGAAAUUCUUAGAAGUGCAAUUGAAUAUAUUACCAAGUUAGAAAAUAUGUUACAAAGUCAGGGCAAAAUGACAAAAAUCAUGGCAGCCAAUCAAGGAAUUCACUUGCCUGAUAAUGACGGCCAGGAAUACGUCGUCGAAAUUCUUAGAAGUGCAAUUGAAUAUAUUACCAAGUUAGAAAAUAUGUUACAAAGUCAGGGCAAAAUGACAAAAAUCAUGGCAGCCAAUCAAGGAAUUCACUUGCCUGAUAAUGACGCCCAGGAAUACGUCAAUUAGGU